AUGCCUGUACUUGGGGUAGCCUCAAAACUGAGACAGCCAGCUGUUGGGUCAAAGCCUGUUCAUACUGCUCUUCCGAUACCAAGUCUUGGCACCACUGGGUCACAGCACUAUUCUUCAGGACCUUUGGAACUUACUGAAACAGAGAGCUCAAUGCUUUCUUGUCAGCUCACGUUAAAAUCGACCUGUGAAUGUGGAGAGAAGAAUCCCCUCCAGGGGAGAGCUAAGGAGACAGAAGACAGCAAGAUUUACACUGACUGGGCCAACCACUACCUGGCAAAAUCGGGCCACAAGCGGCUGAUCAAGGAUUUGCAACAAGACAUUGCAGAUGGGGUGCUGCUCGCCGAGAUCAUCCAGAUCAUAGCAAAUGAAAAAGUUGAAGAUAUCAAUGGAUGUCCUAGGAGUCAAUCUCAGAUGAUUGAAAAUGUUGACGUCUGCCUUAGUUUUCUGGCGGCCAGAGGAGUAAAUGUCCAAGGUCUAUCUGCUGAAGAAAUAAGAAAUGGAAACUUAAAAGCCAUUCUAGGGCUUUUUUUCAGUUUGUCUCGCUACAAGCAGCAGCAGCACCAUCAACAGCAGUAUUACCAGUCCUUGGUGGAACUUCAGCAGCGGGUCCCUCACGCCUCUCCUCAGGCAGAAGCCAGCCAGGCCAAAACCCAGCAAGAUAUGCAGUCCAGUCUGGCAGCCAGAUAUGCAACUCAGUCUAAUCACAGUGGAAUUGCAACCAGUCAAAAAAAGCCUACUAGGCUUCCAGGUCCCUCUAGGGUGCCCGCUGCGGGCAGCAGCAGCAGCAAGGCCCAGGGAGCCUCUAACUUAAAUAGGAGAAGUCAGAGCUUUAACAGCAUUGACAAAAACAAGCCUCCAACAUAUGCAAAUGGCAAUGAAAAAGAUUCCUCCAAAGGACCUCAACCAUCUUCAGGUAUAAAUGGGAACAUGCAGCCCCCCACCACUGCUGGGCAGGCCCCUGCCUCUGCCAUCCCUUCUCCGAGUGCCAAGCCCUGGCGCAGCAAGUCCAUGAAUGUCAAGCACAGUGCCACCUCUACCAUGCUGACGGUAAAGCAGUCGAGCCCAGCCACCUCUCCCACACCACCUACAGACAGACUGAAGCCCCCUGGCUCUGAAGGGGUCAAAACAGCUCCCUCGGGACAAAAAUCCAUGCUGGAAAAAUUCAAGCUGGUCAAUGCCAGGACUGCUUUACGUCCCCCGCAGCCUCCCAGUUCAGGACCCAGUGAUGGUGGGAAGGAUGACGAUGUCUUUUCUGAAUCUGGUGAGAUGGAAGGUUUCCACAGUGGUCUGAAUAGCGGUGGCUCAACCAAUAGCAGCCCCAAAGCGUCCCCUAAAUUAGCCCCUCCAAAAGCUGGCAGCAAAAAUCUCAGCAAUAAAAAGUCUUUGCUACAGCCAAAGGAAAAGGAGGACAAGAACAGGGACAAAAAUAAAGUUUGCACUGAAAAAACAGUCAAGGAGGAGAAGGAUCAGGUGACGGAGACGGCUCCGAAAAAGACUUCUAAAAUUGCAAGUUUGAUCCCAAAGGGCAGCAAGGCGACAGCCGCCAAGAAGGAAAGCUUAAUCCCAUCCUCCAGUGGGAUUCCAAAACCGGGCUCCAAGGUGCCAACAGCAAAACAGACCAUUUCACCAGGCAGCACAGCCAACAAAGAGCCUGAAAAAUUCAGGACUACCAAGGGAAGCCCUUCCCAGUCCUCACCUAAGCCCGUAAUCACCGAGAAAGCAAGCACAUCCCAUUGCCCUGCUCCUCUGGAAGGAAGGGAGGCCGGCCAGGCUUCUCCCUCUGGCUCCUGUGUUGGGUCAGUGGCACAGGGCAGCGGGCAGACCACGGGAAAUGGUGCCGUCCAGCUCCCUCAGCAGCAGCAGCACAGCCACCCGAACACCGCCACGGUGGCUCCGUUCAUUUACAGAGCACAUUCAGAAAAUGAAGGCACUUCUUUAUCAUCUGCUGACUCCUGUACCAGUCCUACGAAGAUGGAUUUAUCAUACAGCAAGACUGCUAAGCAGUGCCUAGAGGAGAUAUCUGGUGAAGACCCUGAAACAAGAAGAAUGAGAACAGUGAAAAACAUAGCAGACUUGAGGCAGAAUUUAGAAGAGACUAUGUCCAGUCUUCGUGGGACCCAGAUAAGCCACAGCACCCUGGAGACAACAUUUGACAGCACUGUGACAACGGAAGUGAAUGGAAGGACCAUACCCAACUUGACAAGCCGUCCCACCCCCAUGACCUGGAGGCUGGGCCAGGCGUGUCCCCGACUUCAAGCUGGGGAUGCUCCCUCCCUGGGCGCUGGCUAUCCUCGCAGCGGUACCAGUCGGUUCAUCCACACGGACCCCUCCAGGUUCAUGUACACGACGCCUCUGCGUCGAGCUGCUGUCUCUCGGCUGGGAAACAUGUCACAAAUUGACAUGAGUGAGAAAGCAAGCAGUGACCUGGACAUGUCCUCUGAAGUCGAUGUGGGUGGAUAUAUGAGUGAUGGGGAUAUCCUUGGGAAAAGUCUCAGGACGGAUGACAUCAACAGUGGAUACAUGACAGAUGGAGGACUCAACCUGUAUACUAGAAGUCUGAACCGAAUUCCAGACCCAGUGACUUCCAGGGAUGCCAUUCAGAGAGGUGUUCACGAUGUGACUGUCGAUGCAGACAGCUGGGAUGACAGCAGUUCGGUGAGCAGUGGUCUGAGCGACACCCUCGAUAACAUCAGCACCGAUGACUUGAACACCGCGUCCUCGGUCAGCUCUUAUUCCAACAUCACUCUCCCUUCCAGGAAGAACACUCAGCUGAAGACAGAUUCGGAGAAACGUCCCACCACGGAUGAGCCGUGGGAUGGCACUGAGGAGCUGAAAAAAGCAGAAGAGGACUUCGACAGCCCUGCGGAUGGCGGUGGCAAGUGGAAGGGUGCUCCCUCGGGCCUCCCUGAAGACCCUGAGAAGGCAGGGCAGAAAGCCGCCCUGGCUGUUUCCCAGACAGGUUCCUGGAGAAGGGGCAUGUCUGCCCAGGGAGGGGCGUCGUCUAGGCAGAAAGCUGGAACAAGUGCUCUCAAGACCCCUGGGAAAACCGAUGAUACCAAAGCUUCUGAGAAAGGGAAGACUCCCCUGAAAGGAUCCUCGCUGCAGAGGUCCCCUUCAGAUGCAGGGAAGAGCAGCGGGGAUGAGGGGAAAAAGCCCCCCUCGGGCAUCGCAAGGUCAACUGCCACGGGAUCUUUCGGGUUUAAGAAGCCCAGCGGAGUAGGGUCAUCCCCCGUGAUCACGAGCAGCGGAGCCACCAUCACCAGUGGAUCGGCCACGCUGGGUAAAAUCCCCAAAUCCGCUGCCAUUGGUGGGAAGUCAAAUGCCGGGAGGAAAACCAGUUUGGACGGCUCCCAGAAUCAGGACGACGUGGUGUUGCAUGCCAGCUCCAAGGCCUCGCUCCAGUACCGCAGCCUGCCCCGCCCCUCCAAGUCCAGCGCCAGCGGCAUCCCGGGCCGAGGCGGCCACAGGUCCAGCACCAGCAGCAUCGACUCCAACGUCAGCAGCAAGUCAGCGGGUGCCACCACCUCCAAACUGAGAGAGCCCGCUAAGAUUGGGUCAGGGCGCUCCAGUCCAGUCACGGUCAACCAGACAGACAAGGAAAAGGAGAAAGUGGCCGUCUCAGAUUCAGAGAGUGUUUCUUUGUCAGGUUCCCCCAAAUCCAGCCCCACCUCUGCCAGUGCCUGUGGGACACAAGGGCUCAGGCAGCCAGGGUCCAAGUACCCUGACAUUGCCUCACCUACAUUCCGAAGGUUGUUUGGUGCCAAGGCAGGUGGCAAAUCUGCCUCUGCACCUAAUACUGAGGGUGUGAAAUCCUCCUCAGUAAUGCCCAGUCCUAGUACCACAUUAGCGCGCCAAGGCAGUCUGGAAUCACCGUCGUCCGGUACGGGCAGCAUGGGCAGUGCUGGUGGGCUCAGUGGCAGCAGCAGCCCUCUCUUCAAUAAACCCUCAGACUUAACUACAGAUGUUAUAAGCUUAAGUCACUCGUUGGCGUCCAGCCCAGCAUCGGUUCACUCUUUCACGUCAGGUGGUCUCGUGUGGGCUGCCAAUCUGAGCAGUUCCUCUGCAGGCAGCAAGGACACUCCGAGUUACCAGUCCAUGACUAGCCUCCAUACGAGCUCUGAGUCCAUUGACCUCCCCCUCAGCCAUCAUGGCUCCCUGUCUGGACUGACCACAGGCACUCACGAGGUUCAGAGCCUGCUCAUGAGAACGGGUAGUGUGAGAUCUACUCUCUCAGAAAGCAUACAACUUGACAGAAAUACACUACCCAAAAAGGGACUAAGAUACACCCCAUCAUCUCGGCAGGCCAACCAAGAAGAGGGCAAAGAGUGGUUGCGCUCCCAUUCAACCGGCGGGCUGCAGGACACCGGCAGCCAGUCGCCUCUGGUCUCCCCUUCUGCCAUGUCAGCUUCUGCAACAGGAAAAUACCACUUCUCAAACCUGGUGAGUCCAACAAACCUGUCUCAAUUUAACCUUCCCGGGCCCAGCAUGAUGCGCUCAAAUAGCAUCCCAGCGCAAGACUCUUCCUUCGACCUCUACGAUGACUCCCAGCUCUGUGGGAGUGCCACGUCUCUGGAGGAAAGGCCCCGUGCCAUCAGUCAUUCGGGCUCCUUUCGGGACAGCAUGGAAGAAGUUCAUGGCUCUUCGUUAUCACUGGUGUCCAGCACUUCCUCCCUUUACUCUACAGCUGAAGAAAAGGCUCAUUCAGAGCAAAUUCAUAAACUGCGGAGAGAGCUGGUUGCAUCUCAAGAAAAAGUGGCUACCCUCACAUCUCAGCUUUCAGCAAAUGCUCACCUCGUGGCAGCUUUUGAAAAGAGUUUAGGGAAUAUGACUGGCCGACUGCAAAGUCUCACCAUGACAGCGGAACAAAAGGAGUCUGAACUCAUAGAACUAAGAGAAACAAUUGAAAUGCUGAAGGCCCAGAAUUCUGCUGCUCAGGCUGCCAUCCAGGGAGCACUAAAUGGUCCAGAUCACCCUCCCAAAGAUCUCCGCAUCAGAAGACAGCAUUCCUCUGAAAGCGUUUCUAGUAUCAACAGUGCCACCAGUCAUUCCAGCAUUGGCAGCGGUAAUGAUGCUGACUCCAAGAAAAAGAAAAAGAAAAACUGGGUGAACUCUAGAGGAAGUGAGCUGAGAAGCUCAUUCAAACAAGCCUUUGGGAAGAAAAAGUCCACCAAGCCUCCUUCGUCACAUUCGGACAUUGAAGAGCUCACGGACUCAUCACUUCCAGCAUCCCCCAAGUUGCCCCAUAACACUGGUGACAGUGGGUCUUCAUCCAUGAAGCCCUCGCAGUCGGCCUCAGCGUCACCCCUUGUCUGGCCACCAAAGAAACGUCGAAAUGGCCCUGUCAUCUACAAGCAUAGAUCCCGCAUCUGUGAAUGCACUGAGGCUGAGGCAGAGAUAAUUCUGCAGCUGAAGAGUGAGCUCAGAGAAAAGGAAUUAAAAUUAACAGACAUUCGGCUGGAGGCCCUCAGCUCAGCUCAUCACCUCGAUCAGAUCCGGGAGGCCAUGAACCGGAUGCAGAAUGAAAUUGAAAUACUGAAGGCUGAAAAUGACCGGCUAAAGGCAGAAACUGGUAACACAGCUAAGCCUGCUCGGCCAUCCUCAGAAUCCUCAAGUAGCACGUCCUCCUCGUCCUCACGGCAGUCGCUGGGACUUUCUCUAAACAAUCUGAACAUCACAGAGUCUGUUACCUCAGAUAUUUUGCUAGAUGAUGCUGGUGAUGCAAGCGGACAUAAAGAUGGACGCAGUGUGAAAAUUAUAGUCUCCAUAAGCAAGGGCUACGGUCAUGCAAAGGACCAGAAGUCUCAGGCGUAUUUGAUAGGAUCCAUUGGUGUCAGUGGAAAAACCAAGUGGGAUGUCUUAGAUGGUGUAAUUAGACGUCUCUUUAAGGAAUAUGUGUUUCGAAUUGAUACAUCUGCUAGCCUUGGUCUGAGCUCUGACUGCAUUGCUAGCUACUGCAUAGGGGAUUUAAUUCGAUCCCAUAGCCUAGAAGUGCCUGAGUUGCUGCCUUGUGGAUACCUUGUUGGAGAUAAUAACAUCAUCACUGUGAACCUGAAAGGGGUAGAAGAAAACAGUUUGGACAGUUUUGUUUUUGAUACACUAAUUCCUAAACCAAUUACCCAAAGGUACUUUAACUUGUUGAUGGAGCAUCACAGAAUUAUACUCUCAGGACCUAGUGGUACUGGAAAGACCUAUUUAGCAAACAAACUUGCUGAAUAUGUAAUAACCAAAUCUGGGAGGAAAAAGACAGAGGAUGCAAUUGCCACUUUUAAUGUGGACCAUAAGUCAAGUAAGGAAUUGCAGCAGUAUCUAGCUGGCCUGGCUGAACAGUGCAGUGCUGACAAUAAUGGUGUAGAGCUCCCAGUUGUAAUAAUUCUUGAUAAUCUCCAUCAUGUGGGCUCUUUGAGUGAUAUCUUCAAUGGUUUCCUCAACUGCAAAUACAACAAAUGUCCAUAUAUUAUCGGAACCAUGAAUCAGGGAGUUUCUUCAUCACCAAAUCUAGAGCUGCAUCACAAUUUCAGGUGGGUACUGUGUGCAAACCACACGGAACCAGUGAAAGGCUUCUUAGGCAGGUAUCUUCGAAGGAAACUAAUAGAGACAGAAAUUGAAAGGAACGUCCGCAAUAAUGACCUAGUCAAAAUCAUAGAUUGGAUUCCUAAGACAUGGCAUCACCUCAACAGUUUUUUGGAAACACAUAGUUCUUCUGAUGUUACCAUUGGUCCCCGACUUUUCCUUUCUUGCCCCAUGGAUGUAGAAGGCUCUAGAGUGUGGUUCAUGGAUCUCUGGAACUAUUCUUUGGUACCUUAUGUUCUGGAGGCAGUAAGAGAAGGUCUUCAGAUGUAUGGGAAACGGGCACCUUGGGAAGAUCCCUCAAAGUGGGUACUUGAUACCUACCCAUGGAACUCAGCAUCUCUGCCUCAGGAGGGCCCAGCAUUACUUCAGUUGCGACCAGAAGAUGUUGGGUAUGAGGGUUGCAUCUCCACUAAGGAAGCCACAACGUCAAAGCACAUUCCACAGACUGACACAGAGGGGGAUCCCCUGAUGAAUAUGCUAAUGAAACUCCAAGAAGCAGCCAAUUACUCCAGUACACAAAGCUGCGACAGCGAUAGCACCAGCCACCACGAAGACCAUUUGGAUUCGUCUCUUGAAUCUACCCUCUAGAGAGUGAAAAAAGUUGGGGGGAAAGACUAUGCUUUUUAAAGAUGUUUUAAAAGUAAGGUAUUUUCACUAAACCACUGCCAGUAUGAAAGCACCUACCAAGGGUCCUGCCCCAGAGUCGUGGUCUCUCCAAGGAGGCAGCAGAACUAAGUCUGAACCGCCAAGAAGCUAAAUUGAAAUGGAAGCUUAACCUUCUUUUAUUUCUAGGCCUUUUUAUAUCUGUGGAGUGAUGUAAGACUCCCUUACUCAACUGGAAGGGACCCUAAUGAUAGGGCAACUGAAUAGAUUGCACACGGGAUAGCCAAACUGGACUUUGUGUUUUUCCUCUUUAAACGUUUACAAAUACAGACCUUUUUUUUGUCCCUUCAUUUCGUUGCCUCUGGCGAGCUGUCCUCCCCAAGCAGGG